CACAUUAGUAGGCCAAGCGGGAAAACUUGGGAUUCACUCAGAUAAGCUUGAUAUCUUGUUUGCUCCACCAAACAACUACUACAACAAUUCGCCCGUUUAUCUGCAAGAGCUAAACAGCAAGUGAUAACAGACCUGUUGUUAAACACAUCUCAGCCACCGGAACGCUUGAUAUAAAUUAUCGCUGGCAUCGGAAUAUGAGCAAGUCACCCCGACUCGAAGCAGCAAGUUAUGGUAAUGCGCUAAUCAGUUGACCACUAACGAUGAACGAGAGUAGACCACGUUACUGUAUUGUCGGUGGCGGUGUGGGUGGAGUGGUUUGCGCACGUCAUGUCGCGGCUACCGGGGGCCAAGUGGUCGUCUACGAACAGAUGGCCCGUACCGGAGGAACCUGGGUCUAUUCCGACGAGGUAGGGUUGGAUCGGGAUGGCAUAGAGGUGCACACCAGUUUGUAUGAAGGUUUGCGGGCGAAUUUUCCCAAGGACGUUAUGGGUUUCCCGGAUUGGGACAUCAAGUCGGAUAUAUCUUUCGUCGGACCGGAGAAGAUUCUGGAAUGGUUGGACGAAUAUAUCGAGCACUUCGAGCUGGACAAGCUGAUUAAGUACCGUCAUCAAGUCGUUCGAGUGACACCGAUACAUUUCAAGAAAGGCAAAUGGGAAGUAAUCGUUCGAAACUUGGCAGACAAUAAGUACGAAACACUGGAAUUCGACUACAUUUUAGUUUGUAACGGCCACUACGCAUGUCCGGUGACUCCGGAGUACGAUGGACAAGAUCUUUACCAAGGGAUUCAAAUCCAUAGUCACGACUAUCGCAACAGUGACAUACUGAAAGGCCGAGAUGUUCUGAUCGUUGGAGCUGGUUUCAGCGCUGUAGAUGUAACGACAGCCGCAGUGAAAGUAGCCAAAAGUGUAACAGUCAGCCAUCAUAAACCGGAUUCAAUCAUAUUCAAGGAUGCUCUCAAUGUAGCAGCACGCCCCGCAAUUGCUAGUCACACUCCCAAGGGUGUUAAAUUCGUAGAUGGGUCCGAGAUCGAGUGCUCUAUCAUUGUGUACUGUACGGGCUACAAAUAUACGUUUCCUUUUCUAAGUGUGGACUGUGGCAUCACACUGGACGAUAAGCACGUGCAGCCCUUGUACAAACAUAUAUUCAACAUGAACCACACCACAAUGGCACUGAUUGGAGUUCCGUUCUACUGCUGUCCGGCUCAAAUGAUGGAUCUGCAGGUACGGUUCGUUCUCGCUUAUUGGACAGGCCGGAAAAGUCUUCCCUCGCGCCAGGAAAUGUUGGCCGACACCGAGAAGGACAUUGCUGAAAGACGGUCGCGUGGCAUCCCCAAAAAGUGCAUGCACAAAAUGAUGGACGACUUCCAGGCCCGGUAUUAUGAGGAUUUGGCCACAACAGCUGAUCUGAAGCCUAUUAAACCGGUGGUGAUAAAAUUGUUUGAUCAAUGUGUCGAUAGAUUACGCGAGGAUUGUUUAGGCUAUAAGGACGACUUUUACGAGGUGCUCAACGACGAAGAGUUUGUUCUACAUAGAACGAAAAGAUAAACGAAAGUUUAACUGAGAGAAUUAAAAUCAUUGUUAAUAGUCUAUAAGAUGUAGUUUGAUUGGUGGCACAUCUUAACGCAAAUAGUGUUCAUGAUAGUUGUGAUUAAAGAUGUUUGUUACAUUUGUUUAAGAAGACAAGUUCUUGUUGUGUUGAAACUUGCUUACCUACUGAGCUUUUUGUACAAUUUCGUUUGCAUGAUAUUUAACCCAGCAGAAAUAAAGAUAAGUU